UAAUCAGUUUUGAUCAACAUGCCCAGCCAACAGUCUAUCGAUAUUGAAAGUGCUCCGAUUGUUACGCCACCACCGUAUAUGGACCCAGCUAAUGCGCAGGCCAAGAAGAAGUGGGCCCGGGUCCGACAGGAGUCCUGCUCUCAGAUGAAGCCAUGUGCAUAUUGUGGAGCUGCGCCAGAAGCCCAAAAAGCCAUGUUCCCGAAUGAGCCGGUGUUCAUGUGGCCCGCCCAACGUCCGACCAACUAUAUCCACCAGGAUUCGAAACAAUUCAUCGGAUACGUCCUCCUUAUUGCUGUUGUCAUUUUCUUGCUUUUCGCAGCGUGCAAGUACUUGCCAUGAAUGUGUAAAAAAUUUUAGUGUAUUGGUGCUUGUUACUAUUUUCUUGUAUAUAAAUGUUCUAGUAAAUUUGUUUUUUGAAAU